AUGACAAAGGGAGGUGGAAAGAUUCAAACAAUAUUUUCAGGGUGUACAAACCGUCAAUUCUUCAUUGCCCAGGCUUUAUGUGUCGUGAAACGGAGAACUCUUCCCUGGAUUUCCUUGGAAAAGGUGUGCAGACACGCGAAUGCCACGGCAUCUGCUGCUCAGGUGCCUGUGCAGCCUGCUUGGAAGGGCACGCCGCCACGGCAGUCUUCGCUGCCCUUUCGGCCGGAUGGGCGUAUAAACUACGAGUCCAUCGACCAGAGCCCGGUGUCUCAGGUGCUCAUGGGCACCGUCAGGCACCUCCUGGCCGAGUCAGCUGGUCGCGACAGCCCAACACCAGGAUACGAUGGAGUCAUGGAGCUGGUCAGGGAAGUGAACGACAUGGAGGGUACGGCGAAAGAGUUGCAAGUGCGAGCCCGCAAAGUCUUUGAAGGCAUCCUGCCGAACCUUUUCAUCGGCUGGAUUCCACCUCUCUGGAAGAAGUAUUUCCAGCCCAAUGCACCUCAGUGGCUGAGCAACUAUUCCUUCUUCCUCGUUUUCUACUUGCUCUUCCCGUGGCUCAUGGGGCCCAUGGAGGGGGAUGACCACGUGGAUGUCGAGGUCCCCCAGAGCUGGCGAAGCGUACUGCCUUUCUUGCCCGAGUCAGUGCGGGUUCCGCAGACGGUCAAGGCAGAGAGGUGCCGAUUCCUGGAGAGCGCGAACUGCGCCUCCGUUUGCGUGAACACUUGCAAGGUACCCUCGCAGGGCUGGUUGACUGAUGACUUCGGGAUGAAGCUGCACAUCCAGCCGAACUACGACGAUUUCAGUUGCCGCUGGAAGUUCGGAGUGGAGGCGCCGCCUUUGGAGGAGGAUGAGGCUGUGAUGGUGCCGUGCUUCACCACCUGCCCGUCCGAGUACAAAGGCACGAAGGACGCUUUGAGCAUGCGGCAGAAGCUGCGUGCUGAUGCAGAGGCAGCUGAGCUGGAGGCAUCCAACGACCAUGGGAUGAAGCCGGAAGUUGAUCUUGAACGCAAAGGGCUUUCGGACUACGGCACGGCCAAACUGCCACUAUCCAAGUCUGGAUGGGCGUCGGAGGAACUGUUCCUCUUGGCGGGCCUCGUAUGCAUCAUCUUCAGCACCAUCGGGUCAACCUACUACUACUGGGCCCUGCUGCCUGCGUGGGAGGCCGAUGAAUCACUGGGGUGGACGAAAUCCUCGACGACGCUCAUCAGCUGGAGUAGCACGGUGGCCGAGGCUGCCGGACUCCUUGUGGCAGGGCCGCUCUCGGACGCUCAGCUGAAGUAUAUUAUUGUAAAUCAUAGUAUGUUAUAG